AUGGUCAGCGCCCAGGUUGAUUUCGUUAAACAUCAGGAAGAGUUUGACGCAAUAUUGGGCUCCAAUUCCCCAGAAUCACACGUUUCGAUACUCGCAGAUGAGAGUCCUGAAAGAUUGCCUCUUUAUCAUGAAGCUUGCGUCUAUCAUCCACCAACACGCAGCAUUUUCGUGACCUCAAACCAGAUGCCAAAUCCUUCUCACCAACAGAAUCUAGCAACAGGCGACAAGCAUAUUAAGCUCACCCGGGUUUAUGAUACGUACCCAGGUUCGACGGAAUCAAAUGUCGCCAAAACUGAGGAUAUCACAUUUCCAUAUAUCGACGGUGCCAUGCUGAAUGGCGGUGUCAAUUUGGGUCCUGAUCACAUCCUCUUCUGUGCUCAGGGAUCAAAAGACCUGAGUGAUCCAUCAGGUAUCAUAAAGGUGGCGGUUCCAUCUGAGGGCAGCGGCGACACUACAUCAGAAGUUGUGAUUAGCUCUUUCCACGGCAUUCCCUUCAACUCAGCCAACGACGUGGUCGUACAUCCUCUUGACUCCUCUAUCUGGUUUACAGAUCCUCAGUAUGGCUUCCACCAGGGCAUUAGACUUCAACCGCAGCUCCCAAAUCAAGUCUACCGUUAUGAUCCCAGUAACAGAUCAGUUCGCGCCGUCGCGGACGGCUUCAUACGGCCUAACGGCCUCUGCUUCUCACCUGGCCUCGACAUAUUAUAUGUGUCAGAUACAGGUGCGAUCCAUGGCUCACCAUCAGUGCCAUUCAAUCCGGCAGGGCCCUCUCAUAUCUAUGCCUUUGAUAUUGUCUACCCUGGAGAGCGGACCGAACCGCAGUUGGUAAACCGGCGUGUAUUCGCGUAUGCCCCCGGAAAGGUACCCGACGGAAUCAAAUGUGAUACCUAUGGUAAUGUCUAUGCUGGAUGCGCGGAUGGAAUUGAAGUGUGGAAUUCUAGUGGUGUCCUUAUCGGCACGAUUAGAAUCCCAGGCGGAGUCGCGAAUUUCUGCUUCGGAGAGAAUGGAGUCAUAUAUGCUUGCAACGAGACCAGAUUGCUCAGAAUACAUUUGCGCGGAGGUGUCAGAGGCGCUCUUUUAGGUAUAUGA